AUGGUUAUUCCAGGAAUUAUGGACUCACAAAAGAAAUGCCUAUUUGAAGUUGAAGAAGAAUUAAAGAAUAUGCGUUUUAUAACGUUUUUAAAACAUCUUAAACGUGUUAUCUGUUUAUUUGCAGAUGAAAAACGCAUAAAUAUUUCUAGAAGCCCAUAUAUCUUUCAAGAUCAUGAGAAUGCUAGAAAGUUGCGCAUUUUUGGUUAUAUUGAAUUAUUCGCAAUCAUAUUAAAAAAUUCAGUAACUCAACCCCCUUUUAAAUUAUCACAGAGCACAAACUUUGCCAUAAUGUUACGUCAUUCCAUGGAAAAGGCAGUUGACUAUUUAACGGAUUCAACCAAACCUUUGUUCGCCAUUAAAAAGAGUUCAACAGUUUAUUUGAUGUUGAUGAAGGAACAAAUUUAUCCUAAAAAUUACUUCAUCGCACUUGAAUUGGCUCAUAUAAAUUUAACUGAAUCAGGAACAAUACGUACAAUAACAUUGUUUGAAGCAAAAAUACUAUUAUUCGGUUUGUUUUUCUUAAGAAUUUUGACAACAAAACUGUUUCUAGGAUUCGAAUUAGGCUUAUCUAAUCAAAUGAUGGAACAGAACAGAAUAUCAAUGUGUAAUAAGGUGAUGGGAACUAUUUGUGCGUUUAUUUAUCGAAGAAUUAUGGCUGAGAUAAUCAGUGAACGUGUUCGAACAUCGCAACUGCCAAUACCUACCGAAGUAGAAGCGAUGAUUCUAAAAGAUGAUGAAAUGAAAGAAAUUUAUCGGACACUUGGUGGUGUAUUUUUAACCAAAUUUACUGAUGCAUGUUCAUAUGCUUACGUUAAGGAUCAACGCAAUAAUCAUUCAGAAAAAAGAAACACAUUUUAG